UCUGUUUUCUGGAUGGAGCCCUCCCUGCACCUAACCUUCGAUAGAGUGGCCGGAGCUGGGGCAUCAGUACUUGACUGCCAAACGGCAGUCCCGGGUGUUGGGCCAGCGCCUUGCACUCCAGGGCAGGAUCUCCGCUGCAGCCCGCUGCGCGGCUCAGACCCGCCCAUUUUACAGCUGGCCACUGCGAACUCGAGUCACCCCAUCGCGAUGGCACUCGCGCCGCAGAACCGGGCCGACCUGGCCUGGGACUAGGAGUCGGCUGGGAAGGCCGCGGGGGCUCCCGCGGUCGUGAGACGUAAAGCUCGCGAUGGAGAGGCUGCCUUUAAGGUGCAGCGCGCCCAGAGCGCCCGCCCCGCGCUGGGCAGCACCCUAGGGAAAGGGCAGUGGCGUGGCGCGCAUCUGUAGAUGGUGUUACCUAGAAGCCCCUUCGCUGCCCGGCCCCCGGGGUUCCAGGACCACACACCUCUACGGUUGUUAGAUGUUCCUUUCUAAUUAGACUUAGUGACAAACAGCUGGCUCUGGUUUUGCUGAUUUGCGACCAGCACCAUGCUGGGGUUCAGUGGGAAAUCACGCAAGCAGGGGGCCAGCCACAAGGACUGUGUCCCACCUUGGCCGGGCUUAGCUUGGCACUUAGUAAUCCACCCCCAGGUCAUCGCUGCCGUCGUUCUGGUCAGUGCUACUGCACAGUUCUUCAGGUGCAUCAUGGGAAACGGAGAGAACCAGCCAGCCACAAAAUCCUGGAAAUGAGUAUUUUUAGAAAGUGUCUCCCUUUCGCCUCCUGCUCUGCCGUAAGCUUUCGGGUUGCCCUGGUGUCAGGACUCGAACCCACUGUCGGGAUUUCCGUCCACAUUCCGGGGACUAGGCCGGCCGGCAAGUUCGCACCUCAAGAUGCGGACGCGGGCCCGUGCCCCGCCCACCUCCGAGGAACCGGAAGUUCAGGAGCUUGGGGUCCCGCACCGCGGGUUCCUGAACUGAGCAUGCGCGGAAGUGGACGCGCAGGCGCAGAAGUCGCGGGCCCCCCGGAAGUUGUCACGGUUCCUAUCGCCGCCUCCCCGACUUUGGUCUCCACAGACAACCCCUUUCCCGGCCCCGGGCGAGUGGCAGGCAACAUGGAGAGUGCUAAAGAUGGUGACCACAGCAUGACCAAAGAGUCUCCUCCAGAGGUGGGAGCCAAGAGCAUCUCCAAGCAGGCAGCUCAGGAGGAGCAGGGGCAGCUUCUGUAUCAUGAGGAAACCAUUGAUCUUGGUGGAGAUGAGUUUGGGUCUGAAGAGAAUGUAACUGUGUCAGAAGAUUCUAACAACUUUGCAGAUAAGCUUAAUGAGCACAUGAUGGAGAGUGUCCUUAUUUCUGACUCUCCCAAUAACAGCGAAGAUGAUGUGGGUGACCUUGGCUGUUUGCAGGAUAUUGUGGAGCCCAUAGAAGACAACACUGAUCACAGACUGGACAAUAUCACAGAAAAAGAAGAAAUGGACAUUCUAAGUAAUGACAGUGAAAUUGAUGGAGAUGACACACCUAGAGAUGUUUCAGAUAUGACCCCUGAUAGCAGAGCAUCUUUGAAAGAAGACUCUACCCAGGAAGAGGUGAAAGGCGUGUCCGCUCUUGGGAACACUGGUGCAGAGGACUUGGUGCCCAGGGAUGAAAAUACUCACCCAGAAGAACAGGUGUCAGACCUGUCUUCUAGUCAGUCCUCUUCUAAGGAAGAGCCUGUGCCCAUGUGCACCAUUUUUAGCCAAUCAAAUUCAGCUCCUUCCCAGCCACACUUGUUUCUGCAUGGUGGCUUCGAGUCUCAGAUGGUGAAGUCUCCGAGUUUCAGCAGUGCGAGUGAGACCUCAGCCAAGACCCCUCCUCAGGUGGUCCAGCCCAGCCCAAGCCUGAGUAAAUUUUUUGGAGAUACAAUCAACACUAAUUCUUUGGCCUCUGACUUCUUUGAUUCCUUCACCACUUCUACUUUCAUUUCUGUCAGUAAUCCCAACGCAGGCUCUUCACUUGCUACCCCUGUGGGAGAAGAGUCCCCGGAUUCUGCUGACCCAUCUUACUCUGCAGGGAUGGAAAGAUCUGAAUCAGGUGUUUCUACAGCUUCUCUGGAAAUUCCUGAGUCUCCAAACCCUUUUUCACAGAUGCAGGCGGUAUUCGCAGGGAGUGAUGACCCUUUUGCCACAGCCCUGAGCAUGAGCGAGAUGGACCGAAGGAAUGAUGCUUGGAUUCCCAGCCAAGGGACCAAAGAUGUCCUGAUCUCCGUAGCAACCCAGCAGUACAGCACUGUGUUUAUAGACAAGGAGAACCUCACCAUGCCAGGCCUGAAGUUCGACAACAUUCAGGGAGAUGCAGUUAAAGACCUGAUGCUUCGCUUCCUGGGUGAGAAAGCUGCGGCCAAGAGGCAGGUCUUGAACGCCAGCUCGGUGGAGCAGUCCUUCCUGGGCCUGAAGCAGCUCAUUAGCUGCAGAAACUGGAGAGCAGCAGUCGACCUGUGUGGACGCCUUCUCACAGCCCAUGGCCAAGGCUACGGCAAGAGUGGGCUGCCCACCAGCCACACAGCGGACUCGCUACAGCUCUGGUUCGUGAGAUUGGCCCUGCUCGUGAAGUUAGGCCUUUUCCAGAAUGCCGAAAUGGAGUUCGAGCCCUUUGGAAGUCUGGACCAGCCCGACCUGUACUACGAGUACUACCCACACGUGUACCCUGGGCGCAGGGGCUCCAUGGUCCCCUUUUCUAUGCGUAUCCUGCAUGCAGAGCUGCAGCAGUACCUGGGCAAUCCGCAGGAAUCCCUGGACAGACUGCACAGGAUCAAGACCGUCUGCAGCAAGAUCUUAGCCAACCUGGAGCAAGGUCUAGCUGAAGACGGGGGCAUGAGCAGCGUCACACCAGAGAGCCGGCAAGCCUCCAUUCAGCUGUGGAGGUCACGUCUGGGCCGGGUGCUGUACUCCAUGGCAAACUGCCUGCUCCUGAUGAAGGACUACGUGCUGGCUGUGGAUGCAUACCGCAUGGUCAUCAAGUAUUACCCAGAGCAGGAGCCACAGCUGCUGAGUGGCAUCGGCCGCAUCCUCCUGCAGAUUGGAGACAUAAAAACAGCUGAAAAGUAUUUUCAAGAUGUUGAGAAAGUAACACAGAAACUGGAUGGACUGCAGGGUAAAAUAAUGGUUUUAAUGAACAGAGCCUUCCUUUACCUCGGCCAGAACAACUUUGCGGAAGCCCAUAGAUUCUUCACAGAGAUUUUGAGGAUGGAACCCACAAAUGCAGUGGCCAACAACAAUGCGGCUGUGUGUCUGCUUUACCUGGGCAAACUCAAGGAUUCCCUGCGGCAGCUGGAGGCUAUGGUCCAGCAGGACCCCAAGCACUACCUGCAUGAGAGCGUGCUCUUCAACCUGACCACCAUGUAUGAGCUGGAGUCCUCGCGGAGCGUGCAGAAGAAGCAGAGCCUGCUCGAGGCCGUUGCGGGCAAGGAAGGGGACAGCUUCAACACACAGUGCCUCAAGCUGGCCUAGGCCCACCAGGGCAGGGUGUCCUGGCCCACACCAGUGACCUCUGUGCACUGUGAACACCGGGCACACGUGCUGCUGCCACUCUGCCAGGCUCAGUGCCGCCUUGCGCUGGAGCCAGGGCCACCAUCAGACCAGAGCGCCGCGCCAUUGGCCGACCUCCAGCCCCACAGUGCUGUGUGCCCACAAGGGGCCCGGCUUCCUCCUGGAGGCUGCCCUCUUCAGUCACUCGUUGUAAGCCUCCCAGAGAAGAGCUGGAAGGUGUGAUGGCAGCUGUUCUCAUGGGAGGGUUGAAUAAAUCAGGGUCCAGAUGCAGCAGCUCCAGUCCCCUGUCUGCCUCCGCCCUCCCGCAGGCUUCACCCCACCCCCCGCCAGCCGGCGGGUCUUGGCUACCUUGUGUUUGGUAACGCAGUGGCUACCUUUGGGAGGGGUGGGUAAGGAGCCCAGGUGCAGACUCAGGCAGACGGGCAGAGCUCUCAGGACCAGGCCCCGGGCACCCUGCACUUGGGCCUCAGAGCCAGGAUCUGUUCCUUAGACUCCCAACUGAAGAACUUGAAAUUCUACACUUCACCAACCGACUUCCUCUAAGUGUCUAGUUUCUAAUACACUUUAAAAUAGAAUAACUUAAAUACUC